UAGGGGAGUGUUUUUAAGAUUUUUUUUAAAGAUAUUUUAAAGAUGUUUUUAAAUUGUUAGAUUUUAGCCUUUCUUGUAAGCCGCCCCAAGCCCUAGGGGAGUGGUGGCAUAUAAGUUUAAAUAAUAAAUUAAAUAAUAAGAGACCACCUUAGAGACAGUUGAACAUCAUAUCAGAAUAAGACAAUAAGAAGAAAUAAAUAUUCAAGAGCCUCAGUUCGGCCAGAACUGUGUCUAUUUCUCAAAACUUUACCUCUCUUCAUAAAGACUUUGUAGUGAGACUCAGGAAGAGAGAAAUUCUAAAAAAAAUUGUCAGUUAAUAAAUUGUUUGAUUCAAUGAUAUAGUCUCCGAUCUGUUUUCUGCGCAGCCAGUUCACCUUCCAAGUAGUUAAGAUAGUAUGGGGACAGAACGUCGCUGUCUAAUACAGUUUUUAACUUCAUUACUUAUUAGCAUAUGAAGGGGCAAGUGGGUUCAGUCCUCACUCCAUAAUGUUUCUCAGUCUGGUGUAGGUCAUGGUGGUGCUGAGGCCAAAGCUAAGUAAACUGAUGCUUGGCUCUUGUGUGAGUGUAGAAAGACGGGAUGUCUCUUCCCAUUAGCUUUGCCUAGAUCCCUUGACCCUCUGGCUUAAUACAGAAACACAUCAGAUCAGACUGAAAGGUGGGAGGGCUUAUGAAAUGUCCACACAAACAUGUGUCUUCAUUUCACAGGGUAUAGUUUUGUGUGCACAGCUAGAACAGUGUUUUUACAGCACCCUAAUUCUAAUCACACUGCAUUUCACUGACCUAACAUUGAGUGUGUUGAAUAUUGCUCGGGGAAUGUGUUCCCAACAUUGCUGUUAAUUUACUUGGCAGUUUCCCAAAACAAUUGCAAAUUUAGGGUGGCAGUUGUUUUAGCAGGUGAUCCAGUUCUAAUGAACCAAUUGAUGCACAUGCUACAAAAUGUGAUAACUGUAGUAAAUAUUUGACGUAAGGAAAAAUAAUAAAAAAGAUGUGUUAAUGGUGGUUAAAAGGAGCUUUUUUAUCCUUUCAUAGAUUCAUAUUUGUGUUGUGGUCGGCACUGGCUAUUUCUAAGUCUUCCAACUGAUGCUGUCUUUAGAAGAAUCACUGCUCUUUCUACACCAGUGUUGACACUCUUUGCCUGGAGAGCCUUUCUGAAAUCUGCCACUAUGUAUACAGCACUAAAAACAGAAAUUGGAAACCUUGUAAAAUGAGCUGCUGCCCUUCUGAGUUCUUUGCUCAGUGAGGAGCCCCGUCUGCUCACUGUUUGGAGAGCACAGCACACAGGCUCUGGCUUCCUGCCUUGUUCCUUUUCUUCCUCUCCUCAUAUAUCCUUUGGAGAGGGAGGAAAUAUUUUAAUCACUUUGUUAUUUAAUUAAUUUUAUUUAUUUAUUUGGCAACCAUGCCAGUGCUGUAGUUCUUGCUCAAUGACCUGGAUUUUUCAAAUAUUGGUAAUUUUAUCUUUCUUUGCAAAGAAGAAGCUACACUUGAUAGUGAUGUAGUACUACAGAAGAUUUGUAGGUCUCUCUCUCUUUAUUCAAUGGUGUGGGCAAAUGAAGAAAGUUAUCAAGUUUUUCCAGAUCGUUAAAAGGUCUUCAAGAAGGAGAUGUUCAGAGGAAUUUGAGGUGGACGAAGAUCUCGAAAGCCAGGGAUCUCAAGAUCACCGGACUGGCUUGUGCAAUCUGAAGUUCUGUGUCAGGGAUGAUGGCCCUUAUUCGAAAGGGAGCAAAGACUCAGGUGGACUGGACACGGCUUUGGUCUCAAGAAGGCAAAGUAUUCCAGAGGAAUUCAGAGGAGUCACCAUUGUGGAACUGAUUAAAAAAGAGGGAAGCACUCUCGGAUUAACUAUAUCAGGAGGCACAGACAAAGAUGGAAAACCAAGAGUUUCCAACCUAAGACCAGGAGGGCUGGCAGCAAGGAGUGAUCAGCUAAAUGUUGGUGAUUACAUCAAAUCAGUGAAUGGGAUUAACCUGACCAAAUUGCGCCAUGAUGAAAUCAUAAGCUUGUUGAAGAAUGUGGGAGAAAGAGUAGUAUUAGAAGUAGAAUAUGAGCUACCACCGGCUGCCCCUGAUAAUAGUGCUGGUAUUAUUCCAAAGACUAUUGAUGUGACCCUAUAUAAAGAAGGCAACAGUUUUGGAUUUGUACUACGAGGAGGGGCCCAUGAAGACUGGCAUAAAUCCAGACCUUUAGUAUUGACAUAUGUUAGGCCAGGUGGCCCCGCAGACAGGGAAGGGUCUUUGAAAGUUGGAGACAGACUUUUGAGUGUUGAUGGCAUUCCUCUUCACAGUGUGAGCCAUGCUGAUGCACUCAACAUCUUACGUCAGUGCAACCAGGAGGCACUCUUCCAGAUAGAAUAUGAUGUCACAAUAAUGGAUACUGUAGCCAAUGCUUCCGGCCCUUUGCUCGUGGAAAUUGCAAAGACACCUGGCUCUGCACUAGGCAUCACGCUAGCACUGAACUCACAUCGGAAUAAGCAGGUCAUAAUCAUUGACAAGAUCAAACCAGCCAGCGUGGUAGACAGAUGUGGGGCCUUGCACAUUGGAGAUCACAUCCUUUCCAUUGAUGGCACCAGUACAGAACACUGUUCCUUGUUAGAGGCCACCCAGCUCUUAGCUGCAACAUCAGAAAAUGUCAAGCUGGAGAUAUUACCUGCUCACCAGAGCAGACUUCCCCUUAAGCCCCCAGACACAGUCAAAGUGCAAAAAAGUGACCACCACCAUUGCUGGGACCCCUGUGUCAGCUACUGCCACACCCACCAUCCAGGACACUGCAAGACACCAACCUGGAACCAAACAACCAGCCAGGAUUAUUGCAAAUCUCUUGUAGCUGCCAACUUCGCAUCUCCCACAAUGAAUACAUCAGGGUUUGCAUGCCAGAAUUCCAAUACUCUACCUCGGAGCAAUCACACAAUGAGCCCAAGGGCUACCAUGUUGAGGCGAAGACAACGGAAAAAAGAGCACAAAAGUUCAUUGUCAUUGGCUUCUAGCACCAUCGGUCCUGGCGGGCAGAUUGUUCAUACAGAAAUAACAGAAGUGAUUCUAAGAGGAGACCCCUUGAAUGGCUUUGGACUGCAGCUGCAGGGGGGGAUCUUUGCUACGGAAACUCUCUCUUCUCCACCUCUCAUCCGAUUUAUUGAGCCUGACAGCCCAGCAGAAAGGUGCGGGCUCCUGCAAGUUGGAGAUAGAGUGCUUUCUAUCAACAGCAUUGCAACAGAAGAUGGGACAAUGGAGGAAGCCAACCAGCUGUUGCGGGACGCAGCUCUCACUAACAAGGUUGUCCUGGAGAUUGAAUUUGAUGUGGCAGAAUCUGUUAUCCCCAGCAGUGGUACCUUUCAUGUGAAGCUACCCAAGAAAAGAGGUGUGGAGCUCGGGAUUACCAUCAGUUCAAGCAGAAAGUCUGGAGAACCUUUAAUUAUCUCUGAUAUCAAGAAGGGGAGUGUAGCACACAGGACUGGCACCUUAGAGCCUGGAGACAAGCUGCUAGCCAUUGAUAAUAUCCGACUCGACAAUUGCUCAAUGGAGGAUGCAGUGCAGAUUUUAAAGCAGUGUGAAGAACUUGUCAAAUUGAAGAUCCGGAAGGAUGAAGAUAAUUCUGAUGAACAAGAAACAACGGGUGCUAUCAUUUACACAGUGGAGCUAAAGAGAUAUGGUGGACCCUUGGGGAUAACUAUUUCAGGGACUGAGGAGCCUUUUGACCCAAUUGUUAUAUCAGGCUUGACGAAACGAGGGCUGGCAGAAAGAACUGGAGCCAUCCAUGUCGGUGAUCGGAUAUUAGCUAUUAAUAAUGUAAGCCUUAAGGGGAAACCGUUGAGUGAAGCCAUUCAUCUUCUCCAAAUGGCUGGAGAGACUGUAACUCUGAAAAUCAAGAAGCAAACUGAAAGGACUUAUCCAAAGAAGUCUGGAAGUAUGAAUGAAGUGAGUGACCCAGAAGAUGACUUGACUGAUUCUCAGAAAACAAGCAAACUGUCUGAAAUUUAUUCCACUACCAUCCCUAGUGUAGACAGUGCUAUGGAAUCCUGGGAUGGAUCUGGCAUUGAUGCAGGUUAUGGAAGCCAGGUAGGUACAUACUUACCCCAGGCUGUUGGUAUUGCUCUUCAUCCGCAUGAGUGGAGAUCCAGCAGACAGAAGAGCAGCACCCCUCCUGGGGAUCCCAGAAAGAGUUACCCCUUCAUGGAUGGCAGUUUCAGUGAGGAUGACUGGGAGAAGCCCAGCAGAUAUCCCAACCGCCAAAAUGGCCUUGAGACCGCACAUGAGGAUAAUUUUUGGCGUGUUUUUGGAGAAGCUUUGGAGGACUUGGAAACAUGCGGCCAGUCUGAACUUUUGAGAGAAAUUGAGGCAUCCAUCAUGACUGGGAGUGUACACAAUCUGGGCCUUGACGGGGGCAAAUUGCUCCUAAACUCUGUUAACCAAACGGGACUGAGCCCACCAAGGAAAGGGAACACCAAAAGCCCAGGCGAUGGGCAAGGGAUCAGCAAUGGCACUCCCACCAAGAAGAAUGACAGGAAUUUGGAGAUAAAGAUGAUGAAGGAAGAGAUCCAGGAAAUCAUGUCUCCCACCCCUCUUGAACUGCACAAGAUGACCAUCUACAAGGAUCCAGAGACUGAAGACUUUGGAUUUAGUGUCUCAGAUGGCUUGCUGGAAAAGGGCGUCUAUGUGAAUAUGAUCCGUCCGGACGGACCAGCUGAUCAGUGUGGACUAAAGCCCUAUGACAGAGUCCUUCAGGUAAACCGCAUCCGAACAAGAGACCUCGAUUGUUGCUUGGCUGUUCCUUUGAUAUCCGAAGCAGGAGACAAACUGGACCUGGUCAUCAGCCGGAAUCCCCUGGCCUUCAUGGCUAAUACCCAGCUAGAUGACCACAGGGAUUUGCUGGGUGUGGAGGGGAAGGCCAAUACACAGACACUCUGAUCAUGGGUGGCGUUAGGAUCAGCUUUCCUUGAGGGCCUGUGAGGGGUAAACAGGGUUAUUGGGUGUCUGUUGUGCUUUUUUCCAUUUUCUUUUGCACUGGUAUUUGUGCGUAAGCUGUGUGAUGUUACUUGCCAUGAAGAAAUGGGUUUCUGGUUAGCCAGCUCUUGAGGCCUGUCAAUUUUGGCCUUGAUGGUCCAAGCUGAGUGAGCCAGAAUGGUUUUGCCUUGGGAUUGACCCAAAAGAUGGACUGGGCUUCUGGCAGCAAAAAAUGCAGAAUCCAGAGCCACUCUCCUUUGAGAGGAAAUCCUUUGUUCAUGCUGUGAGCUUCUCUGGCACACAGGGCGAUAAGCCACGGGCCCUCUCUUUGCUCCAGUCCGAAGGGCUUGGAUACAUGGUGCUAUUUUUGUUGUUUGCUUUGUUAAAUUAUGUACAGUUGAAUUUUGAAAAAGAACCCCCUUGUUUCUGUGAAAAGUUUCCCUGCACUAUCCCACAGACUUUUUUCAAACCACUGCAAGAUCCUUGACCUUUCUUGCUCCCCAGUUCACCCGGUGUCUUGCAGAUCACUGUGCCAUGCCAGAUUCCCUUAAAAUGUGAGCAGAUUUCACGACUCCAUUUUUCUUUAGUGUAAAUGCAGAGUCCAUCCUUGCAGAAGAUGGCUCUCAGACACGUAGCUCUCUUCUCUUUUUGACACACCCCAAGGCACUGUUGAGGAACGACGGCACUUUCACCACUGUUCAAAUUAAGCAUGGAAUUUGUCUUCAUCAGUUGUAUUUUAGAAAACAUAUACUACAGAGCACAACAUAAGGACAUGAGUGGUCCUAUCCUAGGUCACCAGUCAUUUCUGUGCACAUAUCAAGCACCAGAAAGCUCUUGUUCUUCCUGGUUGCAUCUCAUGAGUGGGCUGCAUUCAACUCUUUGCCCUGCCCUAGUUGUUUGUGCAACAUGCGGGGAGGGUAACCUUGUACCCCUUUGUCACUGUUUAGCAUGAGACACCCUUGGCUAGAUUGAUAUUGUAUCCUCAAGUGCACCCUUUGUGGGUCGUCUUAGUGCAAGUACAAAUGUGUACAUUUUCGUAAUCACUGAUGUUGAUGCUGUAGCCUCCUCUUGUAAGCAGCCAUAGCAGUCCCCCACCUCCCCUCAUUUUCUGUAGUUACCUUCUCCAUGGCCUGUGAGCACGAUGCCUUUGUGACCCCUCAGCCCUGCAUCUGCCUCCCCAGCCAAAGCCCCCUGUGCUAAUCAUGGGUGCGAUACACAUAUGGAAUGAUCUGCCAAUAGCAAAUGAGUUGGAUUGCAACCAAGGCCGUAAUCUCCUCCUUUCACAUGGCACAACUGCUGGGAUUUGCAAAUGUCUUUCUGGCCAGUCCAAAUUGCCUCCGCUGGGGCCUUUGGAAUUGCACUUUAUUGUGAUGAUUAUUUGAUUGACCCCUCUCUGGGAAUUUUAAUCUGUCCCUAAUCUGGGAAACUGGUUCUUCUCCUCUGUUGUAUUCUUUUGGGUUUUCCCCCUUUUCUUUUUAUAUUAUUCUGGUACAUCAUUUAGAUGUAAUGUUUUCAACACAGGUUGGGACUCUUUUCCAUUAGAACAGUGCUGAGCAAGGGCUGGUUUCCAGGUCUGAGUUCAAGCCAAGCUAUAAUUGCAUCCGUUCCUUUAAAAAAAUAGUUCUCUUCCUGGGCCAUAUCAAAAUAUAAGUGAUUUCCUUAAGAUGUGCAUGGAGUCCCAUUGAGCUGUCUCUAGCUGUAGCCAUUCUCUCUUCUCAAAGUAUGCAAUAUUCCAUACCAUUGCUGCCAUAACCUAGAUGACGUGCCAUAAAAGAAGCUGCAGAGCAUUGACAGUUAAGCAGAAAAGGGGGUUUUAUAUGCAAUAUUCUCAAAAUGGCAGAAGCUCAACAUGGCUUCAAAUGGGUUUUUAAUGAAGACUUUUAAUAAGGCUUUAAAAAUGGUCCUUGUAUCCCUUCCUAUGCAUUUUGAAUGAUACAAAAAUGAAAUGCAUUACUUAAAUGUGUAUUUUUAUCCAUAUAUUAGAGUGUAUUCCUUGUAAAGUAUUUUUCUAUGCUAAUUUUCUUAUGUAUCUAUGAAAGCACAAUAUUCAAAGAAUAUUUUAGUCCUGUUUUGGACAUAUUUGUAAAUCUAUGUAUUUAAAUGGUAUUGCGAUUACUUAGAAUUUUUUAUUAAAUAAAAACAAAAUAAACUGGU